GCACUGAGUUAAGCAUUGAAAGUAUAGAAUAUACUACUUAUUUCUAGCGUAUAUUUACUAUUUUUAUUAUCCUCCCCAUUGCCUCUUAUACCUACCUAUAUAAAAUCACGCAAGAUAGGGAUCCAUGGCAAUGGCUGCUACUGUCGAUGCAUCAGCUUUCGAGAGAAAUAGGGGGUGGUACCAGACCGACUUGAUCGAAGUCAAUGAACCUUUUUACCAACUCCUCGAGCAGUACUCCAAGAUACCUGGUUCUGACAUUAUCGAUCACGUAAAAAAUAUACGUGAUAGAGCUUUUGAAUCCAGUCCUUAUCCAUGCAUUGGCCUCUUCCGGUUUACUAACCUCACUUUGAUCACUCACCCUCUCUAUGACAAGACCGUAAGCCUUCUCAAAUCGGAAUCGGCAGAUACCGCCUACUUGGAUAUAGGUUGCUGUUUCGGACAGGAUUUACGCCAGUUGGUUUUCGAUGGAGUUCCUUCUGAACGUCUUGUAGGCCUCGACAUCGAAAGGCCCCUACUGGAACUCGGAUAUGAUCUUUUUCUCGAUCGGGAGACACUUAAAUCACAAUUUGUGAUUGCGGAUGUCUUGGAAGCGCAAGGAAAGGCAUGGGAAAGUCUUGAGGAGCGUGGAUUUGAUGUGAUACACUGCAGCGCUGUCUUCCACCUCUUCACUCUGGACCAGCAGAUAACAGCAGCAAAGCACAUUGCAAGACUAGCCAAAAAGAGAGGAAUAAUCAUAGGCAGGCAGAUGGGAAGUGUUAAGCCUGGUGAUGUCCCUGCGCGUACAAAAGGGACCUUCUGUUAUAGGCAUGACGUAGGUACGUUUGAUGCGAUGUGGAAAAAGGUAGGAGAAGCCACGCAAACGCGAUGGAAUGUUGAGGGGAUUAUGGAUAUGGUUAACAUCAGUCCUAAUCAUUACCUCGAAGGCGAGGAUAGUCGCCGUCUACUCUUUACUGUUACUAGAAUAGAGUAAUUUUAUAGGGUGGAUCAAUAAUUCGAAGUGGGCAAAGCAUGGAGUGCUGUUCUGCAGCUGCUUAUCGACGAAACAGGUAUUGGAUAUUGAUGGGCUUGGAUAAGGCUGUUCUCAAGGUGGAAUAUGGAAUAUCUUUCGAAGACAUGCACGACUAAUGAAAUACGUAGCACUGCCGGACUUUGAGGGGGCGGAUUAAAGGGGCGGAUUGCAGUGGCUAAGGCUAGCAGCUACCUAAUGCUAUCCACUAUGUCAGGUACCUAGGUACAUAUUUCUCUGCAAGUUGUAAAAUGCCCAAG